AUGGUUUUCCUCGAAUCAUUCUUUUUAAAAAAUGUCAUCCUAUAUCUCGAGUCUUUAGAUGACGUUUUAAAUUUCAUGUUAAUAAAUCGAACGUGCUGUCAAUCAGUCCAAACGCUCUAUAUAACUCCAUACAGAAUAACACAAACGAAUAACAUUUUAGAUGUGAUGGAUUACUUUCCAAGUCUUGAGACGAUGUAUCUGCACACCCCCAAAACCGCAAUUUUGAGAUCUGUUGGGAAAGAAGUUCCCAAUUUUGAGAUCUGGGUUCCAAAGCCGUAUAGCUCCUUUUCUAACCUUUUUGAAACGAAAUGGCUUCCGCCGAAGAUAAAGAAGUUGCGAGUGUCGUAUCCGGACUUUCUGAGUGUUGCGAAGAACUUUUCUGUCUAUCACAACCUCAAAGAACUUUCACUUGAUUUGUUUAAUAUUCAGUCGCGGGACUUACAAAUAUGUGGCGCAUUGUUAAGUCUUCAAACCCUACGAAGAGUCGUUCUGUAUAUUCCAUUAAGUGCAUUGGACCACUUUUUAAGUCUUAAUUGUGUCGCACGAAAAGAAGUGAACUUUGUGUUUGUUGUUCUGAAGCAAUUUUGUCAGAUUAAAACGACUCCGAACGAGACGGACUUUCAUCCACAAAACUUCAAAAAAAAUUGUGAAAACGUCAAAGUGUUCUUCCAAUUUCUGUCAGAAGAAACAGUCGACUUUGAUUUCCUCCCAAUCACAGAAAGCCAACAGUUUUAUAUUGAAGGCGAAAAUACAGGACUUUUUGUUUGUAGUGAAAUGGCAAAUCAAGUCGAUUUGAUUCAAAGACGAAUUGAUGAAGGAUUGUUCACUCGAGUUGUUUUGUACCAAACAAAGGAGAGGUAUACACUGGCCGUGAUGAAGAAACAGAUACUAAAAAGAGUCACUGCAGAUUUAUCGAGUAUAAUUAAUGUGAAGACUUUUGUUGUGACUCACGUGAAGGUGAGAAAUUUCAUCUUCCCAAAAUGUGUUGAACAUGUGUCUAUCAGUGAUGUGACCGGCUCCUUUACAAUUGAGAGUAAAAAGGUGAAGACUUUUAAGUUGUGUUGUAGUCGAGUGGAUGUCUUUAAUUUGUGUGUUGACAACAUUAGAACUCUUGAUAUUGAAGGCGGGGAGGUUGUUAUACUUCACAGAAAUAACAUUUUCAAUAACACUUUUGUCGUCGAUCUGGAAAAAACUGAAUAUUUCCGUUUCGAGGUCGGAAAGGGUCUACCUAAAGUACUCACAUUUGUGAUUGAGAAUGACGGAAAGAGAAUGAGUGAGGUGAAAGCAAGGAGUUUAAAAUUUGUGAAAGAGGAAGGACGACUUAAUGUGGGUGGUCCUGUUGGUGAUAUCAAUUUAGAACACAUCAAUUUAUCUGUUUUAAAUAUUACUGGUGUGGUGGAAAUAAAAAAUAAUGAAGAAGAAAUUAAUAAUAUUAGAAUUGGAACUAUUGGAAAGGCAAGUUUUUUUAAAGGAGAGUUUAAUACAUUACAAUUGAAGCAGGUCAGAGAACUUAACCUUCAUAACUGUACUAUUCAGAAACUAAAAGUUGAUACAGUGAACAAAUUAAAAGAAGAAAAAACAGUUGUUAAAGAAAAACUAAUAAAAAAUUGGAAACAAAAGUAA